AUGAAGAAAUCGCCGUUACUUUCCAUCGAUGCUUUUGGUAAAACAGAGGAGGAUGUCCGUGUCCGUACACGAACAGGUGGAUUAAUCACGGUGUCAUGUAUCAUUAUAACGAUGUUGUUAUUGGUGAGCGAAUGGAAGCAAUUCAGCACUAUUGUCACUAGACCUGAUCUCGUGGUUGAUAGAGACCGUCAUUUGAAGUUGGAUCUCAACUUGGAUGUGACAUUUCCUUCGAUGCCAUGUAACGUAUUAAAUCUAGAUAUAUUAGACGAUUCUGGGGAAUUUCAGAUUAACCUAUUAGAUUCGGGAUUCACGAAGAUCAGAAUUAGCCCAGAAGGGAAGGAACUCUCUAAGGAGAAGUUCCAAGUUGGUGACAAAUCAUCAAAGCAAAGCUUCAACGAAGAAGGAUACUGUGGACCAUGUUAUGGUGCAUUAGACCAAUCAAAGAAUGACGAGCUACCACAAGAUCAAAAAGUAUGCUGUCAAACUUGUGACGAUGUGCGUGCAGCCUACGGACAAAAAGGAUGGGCAUUCAAGGAUGGUAAAGGUGUGGAACAAUGUGAACGUGAAGGAUAUGUUGAGAGCAUCAAUGCCAGAAUACAUGAAGGUUGUCGUGUUCAAGGACGUGCUCAAUUAAACAGAAUACAAGGUACCAUCCACUUCGGUCCAGGUAGUUCAAUGCGUAAUAUCCGUGGCCAUUUCCACGACACUUCGCUAUACGAUGCAUACCCACAUUUGAACUUCAACCAUAUAAUCAACACCUUGACGUUUGGAGAGAAACCCAAGGAUGGAGACAGCGAAUUGAUCGGUUCUGCUUCAAUUUCACCAUUAGACAGCCGCCAAGUGUUCCCAGACCGCGACACACACUUCCAUGAGUUCUCAUACUUCUGCAAGAUCAUUCCUACCAGAUUCGAAUUCUUAGAUGGUAAAAAAGUUGAAACUACUCAAUUCAGCGCCACGUACCACGAUAGGCCUCUAAGAGGGGGCAGGGACGAAGACCAUCCAAACACUGUUCAUUCUAAAGGAGGUGUCCCAGGUGUUUUCUUCAAUUUUGAGAUGUCGCCUUUAAAAGUCAUAAAUAAAGAACAGCAUGCAACAUCAUGGUCUGGUUUCCUUUUGAAUUGUAUCACAAGUAUUGGUGGUGUCUUGGCAGUUGGUACUGUCAUUGACAAAAUCACAUACAGAGCACAAAAAUCUAUUUGGGGUAAGAAGAGCUCUUAA